CCUCCCCCCUCUAGUAUUCAGCCUAGGGACAAGCAGGCGAUUCUCCAGCCAUGAGCAACGAGCAGCCCAAGCCGCCCAACAAAGGAAAGUUGGAAAAUAUUACAACAAAACUUUUCCCGCAAGCGGAUAAGCUCAGCUGUAAACCAUUAUGGCAUCAGAACCUCCCUUCGUUCCAUCUGCGGCGAGAUCAGGACACUCAUGUUCCAGAGCAGUUCAUGAUAAAGAAUGAACUGACACCGGGAGAAUAUUUGUCUCAGAGACCCAAGAAGCGCAAGGUAGAAGAGAUUCCUGAGACCGAUCAUGGGGCUGGACCAUCAAGUUCAAAAACAAGACCUGGCAUUAAAAAAGAUCGGGAAAAUUUCAGAAGCGCUCUAGUUAAUAUCAUCAUGCAACCAGACUACAUUCCAGAAUCUGUUUCAUUAGAAGAAAUAAAACCUGACAUGGCAGAGGCCACAGCUGCAAUAGAAAAAGAUAUUUUGAAAUAUUACUAUUACAUUCGCCAUGGAAUAGAUACAGAACAUGUGGCCCCAAUGGACGACUCCUGGCUGGAAAACGUCUUAGCUCUAGUACCCAAACAUUUGAAGGUACUCAGUGAAAGUAUCUACACACUCUCAGAUGAAAUGAGAGAGGACUAUCUUCUUAGUGUAAAGAAAGCAAUAGUUGACUUUGUUUUAAGAGAUCCCAGGGAAAAGGAGGAAGCCAAGAAGCAAGUUCUUCCACCUCAUCGUCAAGAAAUGGAAGAAGUGCCAAAACCUUGGAAUAAGUCCUACAUUGCAGCUCGCAAUUACAUAAAAGAAAAUUUGUAUGCAGUGAAUCCCACAAUGAUGGCUGUUCUAGAUCUCUGGCAAACAACUUUUAAAGAUUUGCGCUUAAUUGAUAAGGUAGCAUUUCACACUCGUCAAGACUCAAUGGAACUCUCACUCUUCCAGAACAUGAUAUUAAGACAAAUGGAAGCUGCCAAGGAUACUCUUUUUAAAAAGUGGUUCCCAGAAGUGCAAAAUAUCUAUUACCAAGGCAAUAAACGAAAGCAGGUGCCUACCAAUGCCAGCAGUGCCCAAUUAGAGGCUUUUUUCAACUGUGCCGCAGCCUUAAUGACCCAGCAACUGCAAAGCCUAGCUUUAAAUUCAAUGGAGGACUUCACAAAUUUAAUUGUGCAACCUAAGAAAUCUAUCUAUGCCUUUGAACACCCUGGAUUUAUAAUGCGACUGAUUCUUGAGAAUGAAACUAUUGCAUUUGAACCUGAGUUUAAUGACUAUGAAGCCAUAUUUAUGAAUAUUUUUACAAUCAUGGUAAAAGCUGUUAAUAUGUUUCCAAGAGUUGAGACCAAGCUUUAUUCAAAGUGGCCUGAAAGCAAAGCCAAAUCGAUGAAUUUGAAGCCUAUCAUCCUUGAUGAAAUUCUGGAUGCACAUAAGCAGAAAAUUAAGAAUGAGAUUGUCAAGGAGAGUGUGGCACCAACCGAACAUCUCAAAUUGUAUGAUAAAUACCACGAUUUGAUAAUCAAACAAGCCGAGCGGGAUAUUGAACAGUUCCUCUCAGAGGACCACACAUUUGAAGAAAUAACAGCCGAAGUCGCCAGGUAUCAAAGCAUUCGUGAUGACAUUCAGUACCACUCCAGAAAGUGCAUUCGCCUAGGAAUGUUUGAGUUACAUUGCGAUGAACUGAUCAGAUCACUGGCAAAACGAGCUGAUUCAAUUUGUUCCAAAAUAAUUGGCAAAAUGUUCAAAGAUCAUCAAGAUCUAAAUACAAGGCUGUGUGAUGAGUUUGAGAGGAUAGCAGAAAGAGCCCUUUCCACCCCAUCAAAUACCCAUGAGUUAAUGGAAUUUAAGGCAUAUAUCGAGAAAGUGGAACAAGUUGACAUGCUGGAAAUGGAACAAAAAUUAGUUGAUGUCAAAAAUUCCCUGGCCUUCCUGAUAGAAUGUGCAAACUUUUCACCAGUUGAUAUUCGACUAAACAAUAGUGUCUUUCAGUGGUAUGGACGGAUGGGGGAGAUUUUCGAAGAACAUAGAAAGAUCAUUAAAGAAAAAACUGAACAGUUUCAAGAAGGACUUAAAAUGCGCUGUGAAAGAUUUGUGGAGGAAUUGGAGAGUUAUGCCAAACAAGUUGAAGAAUUUUAUUCUUAUGGUGACAUUCAAGAGGUCAAUAGAUAUUUGAAAAAAGCCCAAGCCCUGAAUACCAAGUUAGAUGCAGCUGCUGAUAAGAUUGAUCAGUUUAAUGCAGAAGAGGAAGCCUACGGAUGGCUGACAUCUCAGUACCCUCAGCGUAAAAAAAUUCAAGAUACUUUGAAACCCUAUCUUCAGCUUUAUGAAAUGACAGUAGAGUUUAAUACCAAAUAUAGGAACUGGAUGGAUGGAAUAUUCACUAAAGUGAAUCCAGAUCAAGUUGAUCAAGACACGGGAAACACUUGGCGUGCACUGUAUAAGUUAGAAAGAACCUUCCAUGACUCUCCAAAUGCUUUAUUUCUAACAACAAGGAUCAAGACAAAGGUGGAAGAAUUUAAGGAACAUAUUCCAUUGAUUCAAGUAAUCUGCAACCCUGGUUUGCAAGAUCGUCAUUGGGAGGUCAUGUCAAAUAUAGUCGGGUACCCUCUGAAACCUUCUGAAGAUUCAACUGUCUCUUCUUAUAUUGAUAUGCAUCUCGAGCAAUAUUUAGAAAAAUUUGAAACCAUUAGUGAAACAGCCAGCAAAGAACAUUCCCUUGAGAAGGCCAUGGUGAAAAUGAUUUCAGAAUGGGAUGGGGUGGAAUUUGUUCUCCUUCCUUACAGAGAAACAGGGACUUAUAUUUUAUCAGCUGUAGAUGACAUUCAAAUGUUGCUGGACGACCACAUAGUCAAAACUCAGACCAUGAGAGGAUCUCCUUUUAUCAAACCUUAUGAGAAAAAAAUGAGAGACUGGGAGUCAAAGCUGUUGUUGGUUCAGGAAAUCUUGGAUGAGUGGCUGAAAGUUCAGGCUACCUGGCUAUAUCUGGAGCCAAUUUUUAGUUCUCCAGACAUUAUGGCUCAGAUGCCUGAAGAAGGUAGACGAUUCACCACUGUGGACAAAACCUGGAAGGAUGUCAUGAAACAUGCCAUUCAGGACAAACAUGUUCUUACAGUAGUGAUGAUAGAAAAGAUGCUGGAACGACUGAAGAAAUGCAAUGAGCUAUUAGAAUUAAUUCUGAAGGGACUAAAUGAGUAUCUAGAAAAGAAACGACUGUUCUUCCCUAGAUUCUUCUUCUUAUCCAAUGAUGAACUCCUUGAGAUUCUCUCAGAGACUAAAGAUCCUACAAGAGUAAAGCCUCACUUGAAAAAGUGUUUUGAAGGAAUUGCUAGCGUUGAGUUUACCGAAGUCCUGGAUAUUACACACAUGAAAAGCAGUGAAGGGGAAGUUGUGGAACUUAUCAACACAAUAUCAACAGCUAAAGCGAGAGGCCAAGUGGAAAAGUGGUUAGUUGAAUUGGAAACAGCUAUGAUAAAUUCCAUCCACAAGGUGAUUGGAUCUGCAAUAGAUUCUUAUCCAAAAUCUGUCCGUAUAAACUGGGUGAGAGACUGGCCCGGACAGGCAGUUCUUUGUGUAUCCCAGGCUUUUUGGACUCUCGAAGUGCAAACAGCUAUAAAAAACGGCCAGCAGGCUCUUGAGAAUUACUUGACCCAGUGCAAUGGGCAGAUUGAUGGCAUUGUCACCUUGGUGCGAGGAAAGUUGUCAAAACAGAACCGAGUGACCCUUGGAGCACUUGUGGUCCUGGAUGUUCACGCUAGGGAUGUGCUUGUAUCUCUUGUAGACAAGCAUGUCAGUGAUGACAGCGACUUUGAAUGGUUAAGUCAGCUGAGAUACUAUUGGCAGGAAGGGCAUCUAGAAACAAAGAUGAUAAAUGCUGACUUACGGUAUGGAUAUGAAUAUCUUGGCAAUACUCCAAGAUUGGUUAUUACUCCACUUACAGAUAGAUGCUACAGAACUUUGUUUGGUGCUCUUCACCUUCAUCUUGGUGGUGCCCCAGAAGGGCCUGCUGGAACUGGAAAAACGGAAACAACCAAGGAUUUAGCAAAGGCUGUUGCCAAGCAAUGUGUGGUUUUCAAUUGUUCUGAUGGAUUGGAUUAUCUUGCUCUGGGGAAAUUCUUCAAGGGUUUGCUUUCAUGUGGAGCCUGGGCUUGUUUUGAUGAAUUUAACAGAAUUGAUUUGGAAGUAUUGUCUGUCGUGGCCCAACAAAUUCUUACAAUCCAAAGAGGUAUCAAUGCUGGUUCUGACAUUUUGGUAUUUGAAGGGACUGAACUCAAACUUAACCCAACAUGUGCGGUCUUCAUUACUAUGAAUCCUGGCUAUGCUGGACGCUCUGAACUUCCAGACAAUCUUAAGGCUUUGUUUCGGACUGUUGCCAUGAUGGUACCUGAUUAUGCCAUGAUUGCUGAAAUUGUCCUGUAUUCCUGUGGAUUUGUGACGGCACGGCCACUCUCUGUGAAAAUUGUAGCUACCUAUCGCCUGUGUUCAGAGCAGUUGUCUUCACAGCACCACUACGAUUAUGGGAUGAGAGCAGUAAAAUCAGUGCUCACGGCAGCUGGUAAUCUGAAGCUGAAAUAUCCAGAAGAAAAUGAAGAGAUUUUGCUGCUUAGAUCCAUUAUAGAUGUCAAUUUGCCUAAGUUCUUAUCCCAUGAUCUCCCACUUUUUGAGGGCAUCACUUCAGAUUUAUUUCCUGGUGUGAAGUUGCCGAAGCCAGAUUAUAAUGACAUCCUAGAAGCAAUCAAGACAAACUGUGAUGAAAUGGACUUGCAAAUGACUAACUUCUUUGCAGAGAAAAUCUUACAGAUAUUUGAAAUGAUGAUUGUGCGUCAUGGCUUUAUGAUAGUUGGAGAACCCUUUGGUGGAAAGACCUCUGCCUAUCGUGUUUUGGCAGCUUCAUUGGGCGACCUGUGUGAAAAAGGGCUCAUGGAGGAAAAUAAGGUUCAGAUCACUGUUAUCAAUCCCAAAGCUAUAACCAUGGGGCAGCUAUAUGGACAAUUUGAUCCGGUCUCCCAUGAAUGGUCUGAUGGUAUCCUCGCUGUCAGUUUUCGAGCAUUUGCUUCUUCGUCUACACCAGAUAGGAAAUGGCUUAUUUUUGAUGGACCAGUAGAUGCUGUAUGGAUUGAGAAUAUGAAUACUGUGCUAGACGAUAACAAGAAACUCUGUUUGAUGAGUGGUGAGAUCAUCCAGAUGUCACAGCAAAUGAGCCUUAUUUUUGAACCAAUGGAUUUAGAAGUUGCAUCUCCUGCUACUGUUUCUAGGUGUGGAAUGGUCUACAUGGAACCUAAUAUGCUAGGAUGGAGGCCUUUGAUGUUGUCUUGGUUACAUCUAAUGCCACCUACAGUCACCACUUUGCAUAAAGAAUUUAUAACAGGCUUAUUUGAUAGAAUUAUCCCACUUUCUGUUGAAUUUAUAAGAAAAUGUACAAAGGAACUUUCUCCAACAUCAGACACAAACCUGGUUCGGUCUUUAAUGAAUCUCAUGGACUGCAUGAUGGAUGAGUUUCACAAUGAAGCAAAACUUAAAACUGUUACUGACCGUGAAAUAUUUUCAUGGCUUGAGAGCAUUUUUGUGUUUGCACUCACAUGGUCUGUUGGAGCCAGUUGUAAAGAAGAAGAUCGGCUGAAGUUUGACAAGAUUGUGCGUGAACUGCUUCAAGGAUCAAUGACUGAUGAGACAAGAGAAAAGUAUAAAUUGUUGAGUGGAGUUGAGCAUUUGCGGGCAAAAAUCUUAACUGUUCCCUAUCCAGAAGAUGGAACAAUUUAUGAAUAUCGAUUUAUCAAAGAUGGAGCUGGAAGAUGGGAACCAUGGAUAGAAGCGCUUCAGUCAGCUCCACCUAUACCAAAGGAUAUGAUGUUCAAUGAAAUAAUUGUUCCCACUUUGGAUACUAUACGAUACUUUUCAUUGAUGGAGUUAUUGACAACACAUCAGAAGCCUGCCAUAUUUGUUGGACCCACAGGAACUGGCAAGAGUUCAUAUAUUAUAGAUUUUCUCUUGAAUCGUUUAAAUAAGGAAAUCUACAAACCACUGCUCAUUAACUUCUCAGCGCAGACGACGGCAGCCCAGACUCAGAACAUCAUUAUGUCUAAGCUUGAUAAAAGGAGAAAAGGAGUCUAUGGUCCACCCCUAGGAAAGAAAAUGGUGGUAUUUGUUGAUGAUGUGAAUAUGCCAGCAAGAGAAGUCUAUGGGGCUCAACCUCCAGUGGAGUUACUUCGUCAGUGGUUGGAUCACUGGAACUGGUAUGACCUGAAAGACUGUACUAUGAUUAGGCUUGUGGACAUCCAGAUCAUUUGUGCAAUGGGGCCGGCAGGUGGAGGUCGAAAUGCGAUCACUCCUCGAUACCUGCGACACUUCAACACAAUUACCAUUAAUGAGUUUGAUGAUGUUUCGAUGUAUACAAUUUUCUCCCGAAUAUUAGAUUGGCAUCUUACUAUAUGUUACAACUUCCCUUCGGAAUAUGUUCAACUGACUACACAAAUUAUUAGUAGCACAAUGAUUGUAUACAAAGAAGCUAUGGACAACCUGCUCCCUACACCCACCAAAUCACACUAUUUGUUCAAUUUGCGAGAUUUCUCUCGGGUCAUUCAAGGGGUUUGUUUGUCACGGCCUGAAACAACCAUUUCCUCAGGAACCAUAAAACGCCUUUGGGUUCAUGAGGUCCUUAGAGUAUAUUAUGACCGCUUGGUAGAUAAAGCAGAUCGAUCGUGGCUGGUUGAAUGUAUCCGUGAAGUAGUAACCAAGCAUUUGGAAGAAGAUUUUAAUGAACUUUUCCAAAAUCUGGAUUUCAAUUAUGACGGUAGGGUAGAAGAGGAUGAUUUGCGAAGCUUGAUGUUCUGUGAUUUUCAUGAUCCUAGAAGGGAGGAUACAAAUUAUAGGGAAGUCUUGGACGUGGAUGAACUGAGAGUUGUUGUCGAGGGCCAUCUAGAAGAAUAUAAUAAUAUGAGCAAAAAGCCAAUGCAGCUGGUUUUAUUUCGAUUCGCUAUAGAGCAUGUUUGUAGAAUUUCACGCAUUUUGAAACAACCCCGCAGCCAUGCCCUUCUGGUUGGUGUUGGUGGAAGUGGUCGACAGUCUCUAACCCGUUUAGCAUCAUAUAUGUCUGACUACACACCAUUCCAGGUUGAAAUCUCAAAGAGUUAUGGGAGCAAUGAAUGGCAUGAGGACCUAAAAGCCAUUCUAAGGAGAUCUACUGAAGGUGAGAUGCAAGGUGUUUUCUUAUUCACUGACACCCAGAUAAAAAGAGAGUCAUUUUUAGAAGACAUAAACAACUUGUUAAAUGCUGGAGAAGUGCCAAACCUCUUUGCAGUUGAUGAGAAACAAGAAAUCUGUGAAAAGAUGCGCUCCAUUGAUCGCCAGCGGGAUAGAUCCAAGCAGACUGAUGGUAGCCCCAUCGCUCUUUUCAACAUGUUCAUUGAUCGUUGCCGGAAUCAGCUCCAUGUCGUCUUGGCUAUGAGUCCCAUUGGAGAUGCCUUCCGAAAUCGUCUCCGGAAGUUUCCAGCUCUUGUUAAUUGUUGCACUAUUGAUUGGUUUCAGUCAUGGCCUACAGAUGCUUUGCAGGCAGUUGCCACUCGCUCCCUGGGUGAUAUUGAAAUGUCUGAAGAAACCCGAGCUGGCUGCAUUGAUAUGUGUAAAAAGUUUCAUACCUCAACCAUUAAUUUGUCUGAAUUGUUCUAUAAUGAGCUCCAGCGACACAAUUAUGUAACACCAACUUCAUACCUGGAAUUAAUUUCCACUUUCCAAUCCCUGCUGGAAAAAAAGAGAGCUGAGGUGAUGAAAUUGAAAAAGAGAUAUGAAGUGGGCUUGGAGAAACUGGACUCAGCUGCUGCCCAGGUGGCCACCAUGCAGGUGGAACUGGAAGCCUUGCAGCCCCAGCUAAGGGUAGCGAGCAAGCAAGUGGAUGACAUGAUGGUUGUUAUUGAGAAAGAAUCUUUGGAAGUUGCAAAGACGGAGAAGAUUGUGAAGGCUGAUGAAGAGGUAGCCAAUGAACAAGCCAUGGCUGCCAAAGCCAUCAAAGAUGAAUGUGAUGCAGAUCUGGCAGAAGCUUUGCCAAUCCUGGAAAGUGCAUUAGCCGCUCUGGACACUCUGACUGCACAGGAUAUCACUGUUGUCAAGUCCAUGAAGAGCCCCCCUGCUGGUGUGAAACUUGUCAUGGAAGCCAUUUGCAUCCUGAAAGGAAUUAAGGCAGAUAAAAUUCCAGAUCCAACAGGCACUGGAAAAAAGAUGGAAGACUUCUGGGGCCCAGCUAAGAAACUCCUUGGGGAUAUGAGAUUUCUGCAAUCACUUCAUGAAUAUGAUAAGGACAACAUACCUCCAGCUUACAUGAAUAUAAUUAGAAAACAGUACAUCACUAAUCCAGAGUUUGUUCCUGAAAAAGUUCGGAAUGCUUCCACAGCUGCAGAAGGGUUGUGCAAAUGGGUCAUAGCCAUGGACUCCUAUGAUAAAGUGGCAAAAGUUGUUGCCCCCAAAAAGAUAAAACUCAAUGCAGCUGAAGGCGAACUGAAAAUUGCUAUGGAUGGUUUGAGAAAAAAGCAAGCAGCCUUAAAGGAAGUUCAAUACAAACUAGCACAACUACAGAAGACUCUGGAACAAAAAAAGCAGGAAAAAGCUGACUUAGAAAACCAAGUUGACCUGUGUAGCAAAAAGCUAGACCGAGCAGAAAAAUUACUUGGUGGCCUUGGGGGUGAGAAAACCCGUUGGAGCCAGGCAGCUUUGCAACUGGGAAAACAAUAUGUCAAUUUGACAGGCGAUAUCCUCAUCUCAUCUGGCAUUGUAGCUUAUUUGGGAGCCUUCACAUCGCACUACCGACAAAAUCAAGGCCGGGACUGGAUAUUGACAUGCAAAGCCAGAGGCAUUCCCUGCUCAGAUGAUUUUUCUCUAACUACAACUUUAGGAGAAGCCGUGAAAAUUAGAGCUUGGAACAUAGCUGGGUUGCCUUCUGAUUUAUUUUCCAUUGAUAAUGGUAUUAUUAUCACAAAUGCAAGAAGAUGGCCACUUAUGAUUGACCCUCAAGGUCAAGCAAACAAAUGGGUAAAAAAUAUGGAAAAAGCCAACAGCUUGCAUGUCAUAAAGCUCAGUGACAGUGAAUUUGUACGAACACUAGAAAACUGCGUUCAGUUUGGUACACCUGUGCUGCUAGAAAAUGUCGGCGAAGAGUUGGACCCCAUUCUGGAGCCUCUUCUGCUUAAGCAGACUUUCAAGCAGGGUGGCAGCAUCUGCAUCCGCCUUGGGGAUUCUACCAUUGAAUAUGCUCCGGACUUUCGCUUUUACAUUACAACCAAGCUGCGAAAUCCCCACUACCUCCCAGAAACCUCCGUCAAAGUAACUUUGUUAAAUUUCAUGAUAACUUCAGAGGGGAUGCAAGAUCAACUGCUUGGAAUAGUUGUCGCAAGAGAGAGGCCAGAUCUGGAAGAAGAAAAACAAGCCCUGAUCUUACAAGGAGCUGAAAAUAAAAAACAGCUACAGGAAAUAGAGGACAAAAUUUUAGAAGUUCUGUCAUCGUCUGAAGGAAAUAUUUUGGAAGAUGAGACUGCUAUCAAGAUAUUAUCCUCUUCUAAAGCGUUGGCUAAUGAAAUUUCAGAAAAGCAAGCCAUAGCAGAAGAAACAGAAAAGAAGAUAGAUGCUACCCGGAUGGGCUACCGCCCCAUUGCAAUUCAUUCCUCAAUCCUCUUUUUUUCAAUUGCUGACCUGGCUAAUAUUGAGCCCAUGUACCAGUAUUCCUUAACCUGGUUCAUCAACCUCUUCAUCAUGUCUAUAGACAACUCAGAAAAGUCAGAUAUUCUGCAAGAAAGACUGAGGCUUCUCAGAGAUCACUUUACUUACUCCCUCUAUGUCAACAUCUGCCGCUCACUCUUUGAAAAAGACAAGCUGCUCUUCUCCUUCUGCCUGAAUGUAAAUCUUCUGAAGCACGAUAAAUUGAUUAAUGAAGAUGAGUGGAAGUUUCUGUUAACAGGAGGGAUAGGCCUGGACAAUCCUUAUUCUAAUCCCUGCCCCUGGCUUCCCCAGAAGUCAUGGGAUGAAAUCUGCCGCUUGGAUGAUUUACCGACGUUCAGAAGUAUUCGAAAGGAAUUUAUACGCUUGAAGGAAGGAUGGAAAACUGUAUAUGAUAGUUUGGAUCCUCACCAUGAGGAAUUUCCUGAGGAGUGGCAAAAUAAACUGGAAGGGUUCCAGAGGAUGCUAAUCAUUCGUUGCCUGAGACCUGACAAAAUUAUUCCCAUGGUGCAAGAAUUUAUCAUUAACAACUUGGGCCGUCUGUUUAUUGAGCCUCCUCCUUUUGACUUAAACAAAGCAUUUGGGGAUAGCCACUGCUGUGCUGCACUAAUUUUUGUGUUGUCUCCGGGUGCAGAUCCCAUGGCGGCUCUUCUCAAAUUUGCCGAUGACCAGGGCUUUGGUGCAUCAAAACUCAGCUCUCUGUCCCUGGGCCAAGGCCAAGGCCCCAUUGCUAUGCGCAUGAUUGAGAAGGCAGUAAAAGAAGGUAGUUGGGUAGUUCUGCAGAACUGCCAUCUUGCAACCUCAUGGAUGCCCACACUAGAGAAAGUCUGUGAGGAACUUAAUCCAGAUACAACACAUCCAGAUUUCCGUAUGUGGCUCACAAGCUACCCAUCUCCCAACUUCCCUGUUUCUGUGCUCCAGAAUGGAGUGAAGAUGACCAACGAAGCCCCUAAAGGUCUUCGGGCAAAUGUGAUCAGGUCAUAUCUAAUGGACCCCAUCUCAGAUGUGGAGUUUUUUAACAGCUGCAAAAAACCUGCUGAAUUCAAGAAGCUCCUGUACGGCCUCUGCUUCUUUCAUGCCCUGGUCCAAGAGAGACGAAAAUUUGGGCCGUUGGGUUGGAACAUUCCCUACGAGUUUAAUGAAACCGACCUGCGGAUCAGCGUGCAGCAGUUGAAUAUGUUCAUAAAUCAGUAUGAGGAGUUGCCAUUUGAUGCUAUCCGCUACAUGACGGGUGAAUGUAAUUACGGAGGCAGAGUUACUGAUGACUGGGAUCGGCGUACAUUGCGCAGCAUUCUAAACAAGUUCUAUAAUCCGAUUAUUGUGAUGGACCCCAAUUAUAAAUUUGAUACCAGUGGCAUUUACUAUGCUCCUCCUGAAGGAGAAUAUCAAAGUUACAUUGAAUACACUAAGACUCUUCCUCUGAAUCCUGCCCCAGAGAUCUUUGGAAUGAACUCCAAUGCUGAUAUCACCAAGGAUCAAGCUGAAACGCAGUUGCUGUUUGAUAAUAUUCUUCUCACACAGUCUCGUGCAACAGGUGCUGGUGCUAAAUCUUCUGAUGAAAUUGUUCGCGAAGUGGCAAGUGACAUCCAAAGUAAACUUCCCUCUGACUUCAACAUUGAAAUAGCAAUGAGGAGAUACCCAACAACCUACACACAGAGCAUGAACACUGUGCUGGUCCAAGAGAUGGGCCGAUUUAACAAACUGUUGCAAACUAUACGAGACUCCUGCAUCAACAUUCAGAAAGCAAUCAAGGGUUUAGUGGUGAUGUCUGCAGAUCUGGAAGAAGUAGUAAAUAGUAUUUUGAAAGGAAAAAUUCCAGGCAUGUGGAUGAGUAAGUCUUAUCCAAGCCUCAAACCUCUUGGCAGCUAUGUAAAUGAUUUUCUUGCCAGACUGAAAUUCCUACAGACAUGGUUUGAAACUGGCACUCCUCCUAUGUUCUGGCUUUCUGGAUUUUUCUUCACACAAGCCUUCUUAACUGGUGCCCAACAGAAUUUUGCCCGGAAAUACACCAUCCCAAUUGAUCUCCUAGGGUUUGAUUAUGAAGUUCUGGAAGACAAGGAAUACAAACAUGGCCCCGAAGAUGGAGUCUAUGUUCAUGGAUUAUUCUUGGAUGGAGCUCGUUGGAAUAGGAAGACGAAGAAAUUAGGGGAAUCUUACCCCAAAAUCCUUUAUGAUAAUAUGCCAGUGAUGUGGCUUAAGCCUUGCCGAAGGUCAGACAUUCCCAACAGACCCAGUUAUUUGGCUCCGGUGUACAAGACAAGCGAAAGACGAGGAACUUUGUCCACUACGGGCCACUCUACCAAUUUUGUGAUUGCAAUGAUUCUGCCUUCAGACAAACCAGAGGAACACUGGAUUGGACGAGGGGUGGCCCUGUUAUGCCAGCUCAACUCCUAACCUAAGGCAUGCUGCCAGGAAAAGA